GUCUGAGUGCCGGUGCCUCGGUGCCUGUUGGUGACGUUUGGAACGAGGGAAGGGAAAAGCCAGGACCGUUUUUUAUACAGUCAACGUUUGACGGACAAAUACGCGUCUCUAAUCAUGGUGGGGCGGACAAGCAAUGGAACGCAAGAUUACGCAGGUGCUUCUGGUGCAACCUGUGCGUCUGGACGCAGGAGAGGAGCAGGCACCAUGCUGACAGAGCCUGCUAUCUUUGCCAAGGACACCAGCUGUGAGUGCCGCGCCCCCCAUGAGAAACUCUCCAUCGCCCAGGCCCGCAGAGGCACCCCAAUGGACCGUCCAGUGCGUGUAUAUGCAGAUGGAAUAUUUGAUCUGUUCCACUCCGGCCAUGCCAGAGCCCUGAUGCAGGCCAAGAACCUCUUCCCCAAUGCAUACCUCAUAGUGGGAGUGUGCAGUGAUGAGCUGACCCACAAGUACAAGGGUUUCACAGUGAUGACGGAGGAUGAGAGGUACGAGGCUCUGAGACACUGUCGCUAUGUCGACGAGGUGGUCCGAGACGCACCAUGGACGCUCACACAGGACUUCCUGGAGAAACACCAGAUCGAUUUUGUGGCUCAUGACGAUAUCCCAUACUCCUCAGCAGGAACUGAGGACGUCUACAAACAUAUCAAGGAGGCAGGCAUGUUCGUGCCGACCCAGCGGACGGAGGGUAUCUCGACCUCUGACCUGAUCACUCGUAUCGUACGAGACUACGACCUCUACGCUAGACGCAACCUACAGCGAGGCUACACCGCUAAAGAGCUCAACGUCAGCUUCAUCAACGAGAAGAAGUACUGCCUUCAGAACCAGGUGGACCGUAUGAAGGAGAAGGUGAAGACGGUGGAGGAGAAGAGUAAACACUUUGUCUACCGCGUGGAGGAGAAGAGCCAUGACCUCAUACAGAAGUGGGAGGAGAAAUCACGGGAGUUCAUUGGUAACUUCCUGGAACUGUUCGGCCCGGAUGGAACAUGGAAACAGGUGUUUAGUGAGCGUAGUGGUCGGAUGAUCUCCUACGCCAUGUCACCUCGCGGGUCACCUAGCAACAGUCCACCCAGGCAACUGUCUCCAUCCCGUUCCCCAUCUCCUCCCUCUUGCUGGUCUCGGCCCAGGCCAGCCUCCCCCUCCUCACCCAAAGAGGCCUCAGCCUCCUUCAGUAGCAUGAGUGAAGAAGAUGAGAACGACAAGUAGUGCCCCGGACUGUGGAACACAUGCCAUGUUCAAAACAACUGGGAAGUCGGAAAUCUUUGACUUCCAACUUUAGUCAAGUCAAGACCAUUUAGAACGUGGGAAAAAACGAGCUCCGACUGGUGAAAUCGUUUUCAACAGUAAACUAACUCGGAAUUCCAAAUCGGAAACUCUGACAUCUUUCUAGAACUCCAACCUGAAGAUCCCCCCCCACCCCACACACACACGCACACACUCUAUCAUCUUCUUCCACACACUGACAGCAAUGACGGGAUGCUGAAACUGUAUCUUCCAGGAAGUAGAUAUGCAAGACAGAGGUGGGUCAUGGGAAAUGUAGUCUAGUGCUACAGCACAAAGAAGCCAUCACAGUCUCUGUUGCCUGGGCAAUGAAGCAGAUGGGAGUGUAGAGAAGAUGAUGCGACUGAUCUGUUUUCGAUUGCUCAGGUCUGACAGAGGCAGUAAAUAAAAUAGUGCCUGUUGAUCAUAUCACUCCAUCCUUUUAUGUCCUCCCUUUCUUUUCUCUAUCCUUUCUUUUUUUUAAUCUCAUUGUGAGAACAACUAGGGUGAACAUGAUAGGAGAUAUUGUACAGCGAUCGACUGCAGUGUGACUUUUUGCAGUGUGACAUCCAGUGAGCAGGCCUACACUGUUACAGAGCUCUCCAGAUAGAGACUGACUUCAUGGACAAACAGACACAGUUGUCUAUGCUUAUAGAAUAAUAUAAUAGACUGUGUCUGCUCUAUGCAUUCUGUUUCUACCUGCAUCAUUCUGUAACAUGGUGCCUGCUGACUGACUGUGCCCUAGUGGAGACUUAACAGAGAGAAACACUGCCCUCUAGAGGAGUUGUAGUGUAGCUGCAUCCUUCCUGGGAGACGAGGAGAGAUGGCUACUUAAGACUAUUGAAAUGCACCCCACUGAAUCAUUAAUUUGCCAUAGGGACUGCAUAAAUUACAUGUGUAAAAAAAAAAUAAUUGGGGGGGGGCAGGUAGGUUAGCAGUUAAGAGUGUUGGGGGCCUGUAACUGACAUGUCGCUGGUUCGAAUCCUCGAGUUCACUAGGUGAAACCUCGAGCUGACGAGGUGAAAAAUCUGUUGACGUGCCCUUGAGCUAGGUACUUAACCCUAAUUGCUCUGGAUAAGAGCGUCUGCUAAAUUACUCAACAAUGGUAACACCAUGGAACUCAGUACCUGAUUGGUGAUUGCAUAAUUAACAGAACACUUGGAACUUCAGUGUCAGGGAGGUUUGUCUCCCCCCUUUCCCAAUGUGGCCGCCUGCCCGGCCCAUCUAUGGUAAACAGCUACAGAAACUGAUCUAGCAAUUCAGUAGCAUUUAGAAUGUACAAUUGGGACUGAGCUUAUUCAGGGACCUUCCUUAGAGACCAGAGAACAAAGGUUAUAGUCCCAGUAUGGCCAGUGUUAUCCACAAAGGCCUGGCGUGGCCAUAGAAUCCGGUGGCUGGAACAAAAACCAGUACCGGCCAUUUGUGGAUUGGCUUGUUCACCUCUGCUGUGGUAGAAUCCAGAUGGUCUCUGGCCUAGCUAGUCACAACACCACACAGAACUGUGAACUCUUCAACUCAGUGUCUCUCGCUAUGACACAACUGUUCCACAGCAGAAAGCCACAUGAAACCACUUGCUACCACACAACUCCUGAUCCGCCUUAGAGAGGUUCUUGUCCUGUAUGUAACCUAUGUAACCCUGCACUGUAUGUACAAACGCUGGAAUGUCUGUUUCUGUUUGUUAUGUUCUUAUUUUAUAAUAGCUUCAUAUGUAAAUAAAUAGAAAAUGAAAAGCAUUGAAAGAGAA